AUGACCUCGCAACCUCGUCUCAAGAUUGCAUUGAUUGGUCUCGGCCGUCUCGGUGCCAUACGCGCUCGUAUUCUGGCCUUCCAACAACCUCGCAUUGAGCUAGUUGCGGCCUGUGACACAAAGCCGGGUAGCGACAAGUGGGUGGCUGAGAACUUACCUCCCACUGUCAAGUACUAUGCCGAUCCUGAGGAUUGUAUGAAGAACAGCGGUGCUCAGGCUGUCCUCAUCUCUACAGCAACCGCUACACACGCUCCCUUGAUCAUUUUGGGUCUUGAUCUCGGUCUACAUGUCAUGUGCGAGAAACCCAUCUCUGUCGAUGUCAUCACUACCGAAGAGGUCCUUUCCAAGGCAAAGUCCAAGCCUGAGCUCAAGUUCCUUGUUCCUUUCUGCCGACGAUAUGAUGAUUCAUACCGUGCCGCCAAAGAGUUGGUCGAAAGUGGCUCACUAGGCGAGAUUCACGCCGUCGAAACCAAUUGCCUCGACCAGCAGGAUCCUACAGGAUUCUUUGUCACCUUCUCCGCUCAAUCUGGAGGCAUCUUUGUCGACAUGGGUGUCCAUGAUGUAAGUCUUCUCAACUACAUAGCUUUUGGCUGGGACAGCAUUGCUGACGGCGACGUGACUCAACAGAUCGAUAUCGGCCGGUACUACCUCGACGUCAAGUCAGGACUCUCAAACCCCAAGAAACAGGUCAACCGCGUCGUUGCGAUGGGACAACAGGCUGUGUAUGGCAAGCUUGCUGAGUAUGGAGACUGUGAUAACGGGUGGGCGUUGGUUGAAUUCGCCAACGGCAAAGUUCUCACCUCCCACUUGGGGCGCACCCUCACGAACGGUUUCGAAAGCACCACUCGCGUGUGCGGUACAAAGGCACACUCUGUCAUCAACGGAAACUCGACCAUUAACCGCGUCGAGGUUCGUGAUGCCCACGGUGUACGAACAGCCACUACUCCCGAUGCGUUUGUUCUCUACGACAAGUCCUUCUUGAACGAUCUUGCCGAGUUCGCAACUGCUGUCCUCGACGACAAACCUCUUACUUGCACACCCGAAGACGCAUACGAGGCUGCUAAGAUCGCAACUGCUCUGCAGUAUUCUUUCCGAAAUGGUGUCCCCGUUUACUUUGACGACGAAGGCCGACCCAUCUUGGAGACACCCAAGGUGAAUGGGGCACAUUAG